GCCGCGCGCGCUGCCUGGCGGGCGGUGCGUGACGUGAGCGUGACGCGUGCGUGCGCGUGCCCCAGGCCAAGCGCUGGGAGGAGUUCCCCAACGUCACCUUCACCUUCGACUGCGGCGAGCGCGCCGUCGGCUUCUACGCCGACACCGAGCACCACUGCCAGAUCUUCCACAUGUGCGACGAGGACGGCCGCCGCAUCCCGUACAUCUGCGCCAACGACACCUCCUUCAACCAGCAGUACCGCGUCUGCGACUGGAACUUCAACCACGAGUGCAGCGACGCGCCCAACUGGUACUACCUCAACGAGCUGACGUACGUCACUGAUCCCCCGCGGCCCCGGGAGCCCAGCAGGCGGGUGGACAACUAGUGACGUCACACACGUCACCGCCCGCGCGCCGGCGCCACGCCGACGCCACGACCAGCAGCGCAGCGGCCCCUCCCACGCAAACCACUGGAGCCGCUAGAGGGCAACGCUGUCCUCCGUCUACAAGACGCUUCUGUCGAGAAUAGGACUCGCAACAUUCACAAAGAUGCCUGACUCACGGUUGCGAUCCUCAUUGGUCCAAUAUUACCAGUGUUGUGCAAAUGGUAAUGAAAUCACCCUCUGCAUCGUAAAGUAAACAACGGCAACACUUACGUAGUUGUACACAAUAGUACAGAGAUACUGUGAAAGCAGCGCAGCAAGCCAGAUUCGACCAAACUGAUUAGAAUUCGCUACCCUGUUCAGAUUGAAGCGAACUUGAAGACGGAGUAUAUAUAACGUCCCCUAGCGAUUUUUGGAGCCGUUCGUGAAUCAUAUGUAACAUGAAAAUGAAACGAGAUUUGAGGGGUCUGCAUGUUGAGCUGGCACCAGCAGCAGCAGUAGCAAGAGCAGCGGCGGCGGCGGUGGCAGCGGCCGAUGCGGAAGGGGCCACGAAUCAUAGUCCGUCGCCACUGCCACCGCCGACGCCGCAGCCACGCAGAACUAUGGACGGUAGCUAGUCUGCGCACACUAGACUUCAAGUGUAUGACGAACUUGUGUUUUUGUCUCCAAUCCAAAUCCAAUUUCUCAUAAAUCAUCGUAUCAUCAUUGGAAAUAAUUUCAUUGCGGUUUUUCUACAUUUAUUUACUAGGGACUGGUAAUAUGGUUUCAUUCUCAAUAGAAAGACUUGUCGUUUAUGUUUGGGUGUUCAAUAAGGUGAAGGUGAAUCAGAUCGUUUCUUGGCUAUACUCUAGAUCAUACUUUUCAAAUGUGCGCAGAAUCGUAAUGAAACAACCCAAAACAGCCAGAACUGAAUAAAUACAUAAAUAAAUGGUAAAUCGAAGAUGCAACUAAUGUAAAAGAAUGAAGAAAUGAAUUUUUUGUACUGAAAAUAUUUAAUGACUUAUUAUGCAGUCAUUUUUGCUUACGAAUUAUUGAUAGAUAAAAUAAAUAAAUUAGGGCGUAAUAGCACAAAAAAAGCAAUGUCGAUACAAGAAUAGCUUAUAUUCGUAUAAUUUCUGUACAAAUUCGUAUAAAUUCUGUAAAAAUGCUUUACAGCUUCUUAUGGACUUCUUGUGCAAGCAAUCAGAUCGUAGAAUGUCACCCCACUGUUAAAUGCAUCCUGUAGCACCGUAAACGAGGCAGCGCCGAACUCCCUCUUCCGCGCAGACCGCUCACCUGAGAAGCAGGGUCAGGGCCGUAGCCACAAGCAGCCACGCUAUGGCUGGAUUCUCUCACUCGCCGUUUAAAAAGGAAUAAAAGAAACUCGAGGACUGGUUAAAUUACAUAUGGUACAAAUGGUACCUAUAUUAUAAUAAUUCAGAUGUAUCGGGUCAAUGCUUCACGGACUGGAGUACGAAACUCUAUAGGGGCAGAGACAGGGUUUGUUCAUUUGUUUUAAGCUUCAAGAGCGGCUCCGAGGGUUACUCAACCUAUUGCUUGAUGAGUACCUGGCUGUUCGUUGGGGCGACAGGAGGGUGAGUUUGGGCAAUUCAUCUGGCGCCCAGACAGAGCAAUUAGUUGUUGCCUUCACGAAACCCACAAGCCUCAUUCGGGAUCUGUUAGAAGACCUUUGAUCUCGCUGCCGCGUCGUCUCGAGGCUCACUUCGCCAGUGAACCCCGCGAAUAGCGACAGCGGGCAGUGGCGGCAGGGUGGGGUCGGUGUCCUUGCCCCAUUCCACGCCAAUACUUGUUCUAAAUUUUACUCAUUUCUUUUUUCAAAGCAAUUAUCAUACUGAUCGUAUCAAUUCAAAGAAGUAGUCUUAUUAUGAAUUUUUUUUUUUACUAUUUCAAGUUGGCAUUUUUAUUUCAAAACUAUUUAUGGGGGGGGGCAUACUCAAGUGUCUCCUCCCUCAAAAAAAGUUUUCUGAAUCCGGUCUUGUGGCGAGGUAGAUCUAUACAGGAACCCGCGAGGAUCCCGCGAUCGAGUGAGGGGAGGGAGCGGUCUGACGGAGGAGGAGGGGGAAGGCGCCCCUCAAUCGCCAGCGGCGGACGCCUCCGGAGUGCGGCGCCCUGCGGGGACACACACGAAGCGCCCGACGGCCACACGUGGCUUCUGAAACGACGUUCCAAAGCCGAGCACGAGGCGAAGGGCCACUGCCAGGGGAGCCGCAGCCCUCCCACGACAGCUCAGCGGGGUUCGGGCUCUGAUUAAAACUCCCCCUUCCAGGCCACGAACUGGCAGGAGACGGGCACACUGUCAUACAAUCCCGAGCUUCGUUACGACUUCCAUGUUAGGUGUCGAAGCUCCUGAUUGAAUGAGAGUAACCCCCCUCUUUUUUCGGUUCGUGGCCUUGGAAGGACACUCGAAGUAUGAAACGAGGCUGGCCGGGCUACGUAACCUAAGCACACGCGACGCUUCACUCUGCUGCACAGAGCUCCAGCACAGAAAGGCAACGCUGCUUCCAGGUCAUUCUACUCGUUGUUUCGGAGCAUAUGCAAUCUGCGAUGAGAUCGUUGGCGGAGCGGGCCUGCUCCUUGAAUAUGCCACUCGCCACCCCUGACACACUGUUGACAGUACAAAUUAACCAUCUCUAGAAGUGUGGAUAAAAAUCGGGGCGGUGAGAACGACGCAGGAAAUAUGAAAUAGGUUUAUUUCUGGCCUGUUUCCGCUGUUUUGUCUCAGCAGGCACGAACGCUAACUUUGCCCAACUCGUGUUAGCUUCAGGAAGACCAAGUACACCGCCAUAUUCAUAACGAAUGCGAUGGAGAUCCCAAUUAAAUAUCCUACGCUUCUUGUUUAGCUUUGGAAAAUUAUUUCAGAAACCAUCUGUACAUGCUGCCAAAUAUCUGCGAGAAAUAAAGGACUGCGAAGAGUAGAUGACAGAGAGGGAAGUGUAUCUUCAAAACGAAAAUGUCUUACUCAUCACUGUUCAUUGUCGCUCUUCCUCCUGAUUCGCACAAUUGAUUCUAUAAGUCGCAGAUCCAAUAAUAACGACUCACACUUCAUCAUUAAGACCGGAUUCUCUUCAACGAUCUCUCAACUCGCAGAUAUUUGGCGACUUGGUAGUCGCUGAGCGUUUUCAGGCACCCACGAAAUGGAAAUAUCGUGGAACAUUUCGACCGAUUACGUUAAAAGCGAAAGAUUUUUUUGAUUUGCUGCGCCAUUUUGUUUUUGAAAGAAUUAUUGAACUUUUCAAAAAUCAAUUAUUGGCUGUGUUAAUUUUGAUCUUUGUCUGAUUCAAGUUUCGCUCAACGGUUGAAAAAAAAACAACAACUAAAUGCGAGAUUCGUUUGCCCACUCUCAUGUUAGAUUCUUGUGGGAUGGCCUUUAAAUAUUCGAAAGGCUCCCGUUUUGAAUUUAUUACGAAACUCACGAAAUAUUAAUCUUCGUUCUGCAAACAUCAUAAGUGAGAGGAAGUCAAGCAAAUUAGCAAACAGAUUUUCGCUCUACGACAAAAAAUACGUUCACAAACUUCAUUAAUGUCUUAUUUUCGUUUAGUAGAAAACAAAGAGUAGAAAACAAAAUUCAUACAAUUUAUGGAGUCUAAUACAAAUGUUUAUUAAGCAAAAUAAUAAUAUUUGUCUCGCUGAUUAAAUGGCGGUAUAUCGGCCGAAUUGUUCCCACAGUAGUGCCACGCGCGUCGGACGUCGGAGGCCAUGGCUACCAACUUCCGCGGCGCAAAAUGUUGCGCCAGCGGGACGUGCGAACUGCGUGCGCUCUCUUUGUGCAUUUAUUCAUUAAUAAACUUCCAUGUGUAUCGUG